AUGUCUGGUGCUCAGCAGCGUUUAACUCAGGUGGCUUCCCACAUCGGGGCUCCCAAGGGAUCUUCCGCGAUCACAGAUAAGAACCCCGACGACAUCGUCGUAACAUGCGCGCUCCGCAGCGCUCUCACCAAAGGCGGCAAGGGUGGCUUCAAGGACACCGCCGCCGCUGAUAUUCUCACUGGUGUUUUCAAGGGUGUGAUUAACCGCAGCGGCAUCGACCCUAACCUUGUCGAGGAUAUCUCAGUCGGUACCGUCCUUGCCCCUGGUGGUGGUGCUACGGAGUUCCGUGCUGCCGCUCUCGUGGCUGGUUUCCCUGAAUCCACAGCCGUCAAGGGUCUGAACCGUCAGUGCUCUAGCGGUCUUCAGGCUAUUGUGGAUAUUGCCAAUGCUAUCAAGUCUGGCAUGAUCGAUGUUGGUAUCGGUGCUGGUGUUGAGAGCAUGUCUUCUCAGUACGGCCCUGGUGCCGUCACCGAAUUCUCUGAUCUGCUCGAGAACCACGAAGAGUCCGCUAACUGCAAGGUCCCUAUGGGUGUUCUAUCCGAGAACAUGGCCAAGGACCGCAACAUCUCCCGCGCCUCCCAGGAUGCCUUCGCCGCCUCUUCAUACCAGAAGGCCCUCAAGGCUCAAAAGGCCGGCCUGUUCAACGAGGAGAUCCUCCCUCUGGAUGUCAAGUGGACCGACCCCAAGACCGAUGAGGAGAAGACCAUCACCGUCAAGGCCGACGAUGGUAUCCGCGAGGGUAUCACCGCUGAGUCUCUCGGCAAGAUCCGCCCUGCCUUCGCCAAGGACGGUUCCAUCCACACCGGUAACGCCUCUCAGAUCUCUGACGGCGCCGCUGCCGUGCUCCUCAUGAAGCGCUCCACCGCCGAGCGCCUCGGCCAGAAGAUCAUCGGCAAGUUCGCAUCUGCCAGCGUUGUCGGUGUCAAGCCCCUGCUCAUGGGUGUUGGCCCAUGGAAGGCCAUCCCCGUUGCCCUCGAGAAGGCCGGCAUCACCAAGGACGACGUCGACAUCUUUGAGAUCAACGAGGCUUUUGCUUCCCAGUGCGUCUGGUGUGUCAACGAGCUCGGAAUUCCCCAGGAGAAGAUCAACCCCAAGGGUGGUGCCAUUGCAUUCGGACACCCGCUUGGUUGCACGGGUGCGCGCCAGAUCAGCACGCUGAUGACGGAGCUGAAGCGCACGGAUAAGAAGAUCGGUGUUACCAGCAUGUGUGUUGGUACUGGUAUGGGUAUGGCUGCUGUCUGGGUCAGGGAGUAG